ACCGGAAGUUCCUUAGAAGCGGGGAAGCCGCGCCGCCAGAAGCCUUGCUGCUAUGGGCCGUAACAAAAAGAAGAAGCGAGAUGGCAAUGACCGGCGGCCCAAACUUGUGCUCAGCUUUGACGAAGAAAAACGGCGGGAGUUCCUGACUGGCUUCCACAAGCGGAAGGUGGAGCGGAAGAAGGCAGCCAUUGAGGAAAUAAAGCAGCGGCUGAAGCAGGAGCAGAAGAAGCUGCGGGAGGAGCGACACCAGGAAUACUUGAAGAUGCUGGCAGAGAGAGAGGAGGCGCUGGAGGAGGCCGACGAGCUGGAGCAGCUGGUGACCGCGAAGACGGAGUCGGUGCAGUACGACCACCCCAACCACACGGUGACCGUCACCACCAUCAGCGACCUGGACCUCUCUGGGGCCCGGCUCCUCGGGCUGCCCCUUCCUGAGCAAGGGGCCGGGGCCGAGGAGGAGGCGGCGUCCACGGAGAAGUCAACCAGAGCCUUACCCAGGAAAUCCAAAGACCCCCUGCUGUCUCAGCGGAUCUCCUCCCUCACGGCCUCGCUGCACGCGCACAGCCGGAAGAAGGGCAAGAGGAAAGCCCCGCGCCGCGCCCAGGCCCCCGGCGCCAAGCCGCCCAGCGCCACCCGCACCAGCAAGACCCAGCGCCGCCGCCUGACGGGCCGCGCCCGGCACAGCGGGGAGUGAGCCCCGGCCUAGGCCUCGGCUCCACGCGGGGCGACCCCGAGGCUGAGCGUGGGCAGCCGGCCCUGUGCGGCUGGGGCCACCUCGUUCCCGGGGACCUGCUGGGAUGGAUCAUAGGCGGGUGCCCCACGGGCCAGCUGUCCGUGCAUUCUAAAGAAAGUUCCUUUUGGAGGAGUGUGGCCUUAUUGGAGCUGGUCCCUUGAGGCCGGCCG